AUGGGCCCAGCUGGAACCUGUUACCUUAGAGCUGGGCCUGCUCUUGGGGGAGGGGUGUUUGGUGGUUGCCAAGCGCAGAGGUUCCGACUUCUGGUAGUGGCCGCAGCCAUGCUGCACGCACUGUAUUUUCUGUUGUCACUGCUCCUCUUGGCAAUACCUGCUCCCACCCAUGCCUGGUCACGGCCCCUCUGGUACCAGGUGGGUUUGGACUUGCAGCCCUGGGGCUGCCAGCCAAACAGCCUGGACUCUUGCAGGAGCAGCCUGGGCUGUCCUGGCAGUUGGGUGGGCCUGGGAGGGAACCGCAUCUACCCUGUGGCUGGAGUCACAAUAACCACCACUAUGAUGCUGGUGAUCAGCCGUGCGAUGCUGCAGCGGUGGCGUUCACAGGUCACUAAGGGUAAGGCCCAUAGGUCCCAUGAACUGCUAGCCUAUAGGAGACCCUCAGGGAUUUAUCACCAAUCCACAGGUGACCACUUGUUCCUACGGACCUUGGAAACGGCGGACUCCAAUUUCAGAUCGUGCCCUACUCCUUGGGGUCCUUCACAUGCUGGAUGCCCUCCUGAUCCAUAUUGAGGGCCACCUGCAGCGUCUAGCUACCCAGCAACGAAUUCAAAUAAAGGAGACUCCCACCUAGUAUGGGUGAUCCAACACAUUUCUCUCUGCCUGAUGGCCAGCCAACGUGGGGAUAAUCUGAGGUCCCUGGCUGGGACUCAAGCCGGUGCAAGUGUUCUCUCUCGGCCUCUCUUUACCCUGUGGCCCCUUUCUAUUCUUAGAACCAGCAGGUCUGUGGAGUCUAGGAAAUGACAAAGUGCCUGAGUCCUAUGGAGGAAUGGGUAUGAGAAAGGUUACUCCAGGUGGAGACCUCAGUCUGAACUGUGUUUGAUAUUCCCUGCUUCUUGAAAGGAUGGGUAGUGGUUGUUAGUGGAAGACUUCAUGUGCCAAGGAAGGGUCCAGGCUUCUCCAGUGCAGAUGGGGUACAGAGAAAGGGCCUGGUCAUCUGAGGAGGGUAGUGAUGAGGCUAGAACCAGAUUCCAAGGAUCUCUGAUGGGGACUGAGAACCCCCCAGUCUCUGGGGUAUCAUCCAAUCCUUUACUUCCCUCCACCUUCAUCAUCACCUUUGGGAGGUCAGUGGGGGAGACGUCCUCAUGACGUUUUAGUCUUGCCACCUGAAAGCAGCUGACUUUUUUUUCCUUCUUCCCUGGACUUGGCAUGACCUUACUCCAGUGGGGUCACUGCUAUUGAGUCUCCUAUAGCAGCCACUCUCCAGAUCCUUGGCACCUAUUCAGGUCCCCCACUGUCCCCAUCCCCAGCUCAGGCCCAGAAGUACCAACCUGGAGCCAGGUAGGCAGCCCUAGUUACCUUUGUUUUUGUAGCCACCUCAAACAUUCUCUGAUGCCCGAGGGCUCUUGCUCCAAGGUCCCUGGAAGAGGAGGAAGGGUCAAACUUCCCCAGACUUACUCCCUUCCCUCUGUCCUACUAAAUAAAGGUGAUCCAUGUGGAUUUGGGCCUGAGACACAUGCAUUUUGGGGGUCCCCUGUUUUAGAAAAAGAAUAUGCCAUUGCAAGUUGAAUACUAGGAACAAUAAAAAUAAAUAAA